UAGGGGAGGAUCACACUCAGCUCUGAUUCAGGAAUUCCCUCUUUCUUCAAGAGCUGUUGCUAGGAGUUGGGAGAAAUGAAGGGAAGAAGGAAGGGACGUUCCUCACCUUCACCCUUGAUCUUGCUGCUCUUCUGUAUCGCCGGGCAUGCAACUGCUGAGCUGGAUGGCAGCAAAGAAGAGCAUGUUGUGGGUGCUGGUUUGCCUCCACUGAAGCUGGUGCACUCCUUCUGUGCCAUGAAAGCAGACGAGGGCCCGUGCAAAGCCAUCCACAUCCGAUAUUUCUUCAGCAUCAAGAGCCGCAAGUGCGAGGUGUUUGAGUAUGGUGGAUGCCAUGGCAAUGAGAACAACUUCCUGACGCUGGAGGAAUGCCAGGAGAAGUGUGUGCCAAAAGAAUUUCCUCAGAAGAUGGCAUUAGCAAAAAAUAAGAAAGCAUUGUUUCUAGGACAGCCUGACUUCUGCUUCCACGCCCAAGAGCCCGGGGUCUGCCGAGGGUAUUUUACCAGGUACUUCUACAACAAAGAGACAAAAUUGUGUGAGAAAUUCAAGUAUGGUGGGUGCCUAGGAAACCAGAACAACUUCAGGACUUUGGAGGAGUGCCAGAAUACCUGCGAAGACAACUCUGUUACAGCUGAAGAGCAUCCCAGCCCUGUGAACAGCAGUUCCCCAGCAGCAGAGCAUCCCAGCAGUGCGAACAGCAGCUCCCCAGCAGCAGAGCAUCCCAGCAGUGUGAACAGCAGCUCCCCAGCACAAGCACCCAGCCAGUCUCCUGGGAUUUUUGGUAAUUCACUGCCAGCUGCUCCAAAUGAGGAGUCCAACACCCUGAACGGCAGUUCCCCAAAGGAGGAGCCCAACCAGUUCCCCAUUUUUUUUGAACCCCCUGCUAUCCCUUCCUUGUGCAUGACCCCCAUGGACAGAGGGCUUUGCAGAGCCAAAGAAUUGAGAUUUUUCUACAACUUCUCCACUGGAAGGUGUCGCCCAUUCAGCUACAGCGGCUGUGGUGGGAACGAGAAUAAUUUCGUCUCCAGGAAGUCGUGUUUGAGGAUCUGCAGGAAAGGAUUCAAUAAGAAAAUAGGUGAAAGAAGAUUAAUAAGAAUCAAGAAAAAAAGAAAGAAACAGCCAGUAAAGGCCCUGGACCUGGAAAUCAUGCCUGAAGCAAUGCAACUUUGAUUUUUAUGGAAAUGUGAUGUAAACCGCUCUUCACCUGUGAAUGAAAACCUUCAGUGUACACCAUCAAAAUAUAUUUACUGAUUAUUUUGAUUAUAUAUUACUAAGCUGCUUAUAUUUUUUUAUGUAUUCCUCAACUAUGUUAAUAAACAUUACCUCUUACUUUGCUAAAGGUUUUUUAAUUGCUGUUUGCUUGUAUAUAAUUGUCAGAGCUGCAGCAGGACAAUAAACGGUGGCAUUGAACGGUUAAAAUGAAGAGAAAAUUCAGAUUUAAUUU